AUGCAAUUAUUAUUUAUAUAUACGAUUCUAUUAUUAUGGUUUAUACAUAUUACUCAACAAAUAACUAUUAAUCGUAGAUUCUAUCCACAACAAAUACAAUUUUCAUCUAUACCUGAACAAUUUAUUGAAGAAACUGAAAGUGUACAAGAUAUAAAAGAAGGUGAACACGAAACAACACAUCGGUCUAAACGUUUAAUAGAUAAUCAACAAUUAUCAACAACAUAUCGUAAUCCAUUUGCAUCAUUAUUAAAACGUAAACGUCAUUCUAAAUCAACUGAUUCACGUUUAUCUAUAAGAAAAGAUUUUAUCAAUAAUAAUGAUUCAAAAUGUGGUCUAAUGUGUCAUUUAUUAUGUCGUCCCGGUUGUUCUAAAAUUUGUUAUUCAUCUUGUACUUAA